CCCAUAGCUCUGCUGUUCCUCUCCAAAUUUUUGCAUUAGUGUGGCUAUGUUAAAUUUACAAUGUUAAAUGUAAUUUGGCCUACUCUGCAUAGGGUGGGGGCAGGGGCGGACUGACAACUCAUGGGGCCCCCGGGCAAUAGGGGAUCAUGGGGCCCUGUGUCCUUGCCAAAACUCAAAAAAGCCUAUGAAAAAGGUACCAGAGGCAUCUCAUGGGGCCCCCUACUGACCCGGGCCCUCGGGCAGUGCCUGAGUUUCCAAAUGGUCAGUCUGCCCCUGGGU